UGGACACUAAUGAGAAGAGGCGGUGUGUCAGAUAGCGGCUGUUUCAAUACUCAAUUACAGCUGUAGUUCUCUGUACCAGAUAUUCUCUUCGUUUUAAUACAGCGUCUAAAUGUAGUGAUAUUAAUGAGCUGUCUUGGUUUUGGCAAACUGGAACCUUAAAGGACAUGAAAAAGGUGAAAAAACGCCAGCAGCCGCUGAGCGGGGCCAGAAGCGUGAAUGGAAGUAGCCAGAGACACGAAGAACAUGUUUCCUGGAAGAAGCAGAAGCUAGUGGACAUUCACCAGGCCCUGAACAGCGACCCAGUGGAUAUUGAGACCUUGCGGCAGGCAGCUGUCAGUGAGGGUGGCUUGUUGACAGAUGAUGUGCGAAGAAAAGUUUGGCCCAAGCUGCUCAGUGUCAAUGUGUUUAACCUGCCACCAAAACCUGCUAAAAAUGUCAGGGAGAACCACAAAGACUAUAACCAGGUGCUUCUUGAUGUCAGGCGUUCCAUGCGGCGUUUCCCAAGAGGGAUGCGUGCUGAUGAAAGGGAGGUGCUGCAGGAGCAGCUGAUUGACAUAAUUCUGGAUGUUUUGAGGAGAAACCCUCAGCUGCACUACUACCAGGGUUACCACGAUAUAGUGGUGACCUUCCUGUUGGUAGUAGGAGAACGGAUGGCCAUAGCAAUGGUUGAGACGUUAUCCAAUCAUCACCUCAGGGACUUUAUGGACCCCACUAUGGACAGUACCAAACACAUCCUCAACUACUUGAUGCCUAUUCUGGAGCAGGUUGAUCCUGAGCUACAUGACUUCAUGCUGAGGGCUGAGGUUGGCACCAUCUUCGCCCUCAGUUGGCUGAUCACAUGGUACGGCCACGUUCUGUCUGACUUCCGGCAUGUCUUGCGGCUCUACGAUUUCUUUCUGGCCUCCCACCCGCUCAUGCCCAUUUACUUCGCUGCUGUGAUCGUGCUGUAUCGGGAGAGGGAGGUGAAGAGCAGUGAGUGUGACAUGGCCAGUGUUCACCACCUACUGUCUCAGAUUCCUCAGGACUUGCCGUAUGAGCAUCUGAUUACCCAGGCUCAGAGCCUUUUCACACACUACCCGCCCACGCUGCUCACCCGCUCGGCCGCCCUGCAGUCCCACAAGAGCAUCACAAUCAGCUCCUUCCAGGACUUCCAGACGUCCACUCUGCAGCAGCGCCCGGACUCCAUCCUUCGCCAGCAGCUCCACCAGCGCCACAACACCAACCUUGAUCUGGUCCGUGCCAAUGCCCGCAGCGGCGGUGCCCACCAGCUCAUUAAAAUGGCCGUUUGGGGUCUCUCAGCCACGUUGGGGGCAGCUGCCCUGGCAGUGGCCCAGACUGCCAUGGACUGGGCACCUGAGUUCCUCUUACAACUCUUCUGACCUGGAGGCUUUGUCUCUUUGUCUCUUUUGCUUGUGUCUCAUGUGCCAGUCUGGGAGCGAUGCAAUAGAGACCAAAGUCAUUUGUUAAGUGCCAAACUCCUUGAAGAGCGAAUAAGAUGUGAGGGGGGGAAACAUGGUUUAUUUAUCCUCUCGUAUUUAUAGAUUUUACCCAAGCUAAUAUUGGGAGUAUGAAAGGUGGUAGAUGGGUUUUUGUAAUGAUAAGCAUUUCUGAAUGCCGUUCCAUCAGCAGAAUGUCGGGGAAAAAGUGCGCCGGUAGCGGAUUCGGAACAGCAGCAGACGCACAAAUUAUUAAACGGCUUUUUUUCCCCCUCCCCUGCUGAAGACCUUCGCUGCAGAGUGAAGGAAACAGCUCAUUCAGAUGAGAAGAGAUGAGUGCAAGCAGGUGGGUUUCUUUGGUCUGUGGAGAAUAGAGAAGUCAGCCUGCAGUGAACGCAGCACUUUAAAGUCAUAGAGUUUACAGCCGAGAAAGGACACGCAUUAACCAAAAACCUUUUACGCAUCCACAUACAGACACGCGUCCAUCUGCUCCAUUUAAACUAGAGUCACAAGUUAAAGGAAUACUUUGGUCUAAAAGUUAUUUAUUACAUCUACAUUGUAUGGUUUAUCACUGCAGGCAGUUUUGUAGUGUUUUCCGGUACACCAAUGGUUUGCUUCUCAAUCCUUGUUACAGUCUGCCCUACAUGCUGAAAUGGUCUCCCUGCUCGGCCUCAGGAAGGGCUUCAUUAGUUUUAACUGGAGAGACUGGAACAGGAGAAACUCCACUACAGGGCCAGGAUUGAGAACCGUUGCUGUACAGAAAACCCAUUUACUCAAAACACUCAGAAGCCACUGGAAAGAUGCAUCAGUGAACAUGUAUAGAAAUUUCAGUUCAGUGUUUCAUAGAUGAGACUAUUUUCCAUAGGAAAAAAUAGUGAUCAUUUGUUAACAGUGUAGAUGGAGUUUCCACAAACUAAUCACUACAGGUACCAAAAAACCGUGGGCUAGUUUUACACAGUGAAACAUUUCAUGCAACUUUCGUUGCUUGAAACCAACAUGCGAGGUUAGUGGUUUUUCAUUUUGUCAGUUGCCUGUGCCAGUACAACAAACAAACAAAGAGUACUCGAAGCUAUAGUUUCUGUAACCACCUGGUUUAACUAGCCAGCCACUAUUUACUCUUGUUUGUUAGUCUGCGGACGUUGUGAUCUUAGUAGUUAGAAUAUUAAUUUUCUCGUCUUUUCAUGCCCUCUAAAAUGACGCAGUGCCGAUUCCUUUGAUUUCCAAAGGAUGGAAAUUAUUACAGAAUGGGAAACUGAUGGCAAUGACAAAUUAAAAAAAUAAUACAAACACACUAAAAUGCUGUAUAUAUGCAUAUUGCUGUAUGCUACUCACAACAUGCAACUAGUUGCAUGUAAAUUGACCGUAUUCUACAGAUAUGGCAGGUUGGUAAUGAGUAUUCCUUUAAAGACUCUCGAGGGUGUAACCACUAGUCUGGGAGCUAAAACUUGAAGUUGGUGGAACUGAAAAUUACUUUGCCUCAGGAAAGGUUCUGGAACUUCUUCAUUGGCAUCGCUGUCCCUUCUUUCAUCCUGAGCUAAUGGACCCCUUGCAGAGAGAGGGGACAACUCUAGCUUCAGCAAAAUCCCGCCUCAACUCUGCAACUCUGCCUGCUUCACUCAGCCUUCAUUUCCAACCACUGGUUACCCACCACCACCUGGCCUUCCGCUGAUUUUAAUGAGACAUUUCCAACGCACACUUUACUGACUGGAGAAUAUAAAUCCGUCCAAAGAGAUUAAGCAGCUUGCCUUUCUCUGCCCCCAUCUGCGCAGUUUAGCGUCUCUUGUCAUAAACGGACAGGGGCGAAGACUCUUGGUGCUCCCGAGCCUGAUUUACGGCACAGGUACGAGCGCAGAAUGCUGCCAGAAAGCGCCAGGCGCUGUUGUGGGUUAGUGCCUUGGGUGGGAAAGCUGAGGAUCAGCUGUUUGUCUUCAGACUGCGUUAUCAGGAGUCCGUCCUGUAAACACUACUGCCAAGGAAAAGCACAGCAGUCAGAAAAGUUUUUAGGGCCUGGACAUGUGAUGUGUGUGUUUUUUUUUUUGUCUCCAUUGGUUAAUUAUGUGCCCAGCCAGGAAUGCCCAGGCCAUCUCGAUUUAAUGUGAAUUUAAUUCAGCCCCUUUGGCUGUUGGCAAGGCUGUGGGCCAAACACUAAUGCUGGUGUACAAGCACGGAUCUUUGUUUUGUUUUUUUUGACAAAUGAGUGAACUAGAAGUGGGUGAAAUAUGAAUAACAGGAUGUGCCUUAAGCAUAGUCUGAGUGCAGCUGUGGAACCACGCAAAACUUAAAAUCUUAAAAUGGACCGAGCACUUGGAUGCAUCAUGGGUGAUCAAGCAACAGAAAUGCAAUCAGUGAGCAACAAAAAUGCAAUCAGUGAUUAUUGCAGCUGUGGUGGAGAAUGAACAGUUAAUUUAACCUGUUUUUAUCAUCCUUUAAUGACCUGUUCAUGCUCCACCCACAGAUGUGUUCUUUCAUAGCUACUGUUGCUGUGUUAGACAAAUGCUGGUAAAAAAAAUCCCAUUCAACAUAAUGAGAAAUUGUUUGUAAAAACAGCUGUAUUUACAGGAGAACUGGCCCAAAUAAAUGUCAGUUAUGUUAGUAUUUGUUUGUCUAUUUAGUAUUUAGAAGCUUCAUCUUUUUUAAGCCACAGAAAAUGUAGCUUAAAAUACAUUUCAUUAGCAAAGGCUUUUAGAAACUCCGGUCACUGUCAUACAUAUGGAAAAUGUUAAAAAAAAUAAAUUAUAGCUUAUUUAAAUUCAUAAAUUCAUACCAAGCAUCCUCUUCACCUCAGAGUGCAACAAACUGCACCGCUUUCUACUAUUCGUUGUAGCUAAAAGAGCAAAGAUGCCUCAGAAAUCAAGUGGGAGCAAAAUUUGCAAUAAGAUAUUAAUAUAUAAUAAUAUAUCAGGGAUGCAUCCUCUGAAAUGUGUUCAGCACUCUGCUGAGGAUAUUUUAUUUAAUUAAAUCUAAUUAAAUUACCAUUGCAAAAUAGCAAUUAAGUACGUUAUUAAUUUUUUGAGCAUCAGAAAAAGAAUUG